AUGGAUGAUCAAAAUGUACCAUUGAAGAUCCAGUAUCUGAAACUCAAGCGUAUCAAAGAACUCAAUCAAAGAUUGAAACAAGAACUGGCGCGCGAACGGAUUACCGCUUCCAACGCGUGCUUAUCAAUUAUAGAUUAUGCCACUUCCCACACAGACUACACAUUGCCAGAAAUAUGGGGGUAUCCUGCGCCUGGAUCCAACCCCCACACGAUGCAUGGCUCUAGUUCAAAUAGACGAGCUCAAGUAAGAGGGAGUGGAGCUGACGGCAUCUGCUGUAUAAUUAUGUGA